AUGGCCAAUAACGCAGCUACGAGCAACAAUUCCGCUGUGAACCUUCCGGCCCCUUCACUUGCCGUCCAUGCUUUAAUGGCCAACAUCUCCCAGCUAAAUGGUUUUCUGCCUCGAGACGAUAAGCCAAAGGGGCGUAAGCUCUACAACUUUGAGCAACCAAAUCCGCUGCUGCUCGCGGACGACCCAAUGGUGGACUUUUUCAACCGGGAGAUUGACAUGGGCCACCCUGACCAAGACUACCGGACAAUAGGGAAGGUUAUUUUUUUCAGAAACCAUACCCUAACACCAGACGAGAUUCGCCACUUCUGUUCUUCCAAAAAAAUGCUCUCCCGAAGCCCCAAUUGGGAAAUCCACAAAGCGAACAUGGGCAAUGCAAAAGACGAUUUCCAGCACCAGACGUUUAAGGCAUAUCUGGAAGGGCUAGCUGGGACCAUUAGCCUCGUCGGAGGGAUGGAAGUGCUCUCUAACCUCUCGUCACAUGAGCGAAUGGUCUUCUACAAUGGGCUUGUAGCCAUGAACCCAUUAGCAAUGGCCCACGUCGUGCUCCGGAUUCUGGCCUCCAGUCUCGAUCUCGACAAUCUUUUUGCAGCAUAUGACCCACUUCGCGCCAAAUGGCAAAAUAAGAUACGAUUGGAGACGGUGUGGGCAAUCGAAGAUGUCUUUUCCCUUCGGUUUAUGUCAACCACAAAGGCCGACAAGGAUCUCUGCUUUGAUAAGUGGAGAGACAUGCCCCGCGACCUCGCUUUUGUUUCAAUGAAUCUUGGUGGACUUGGUGAAGUCCCGGUCAAUGCCUCGGGGACAUUGAGCCGUGUUGCGAGGAAGGGUAAGAGGGCGUAA